GGACCGUGAAAAGGAAAUAGCUAAACGACAAGCUACUAAAGCCUACAUUGAAGAAUUCAAGCAAAUGCGCGAAAAAUGGAGGCAGGCAGAAGAGGCUCGUUUGGCUGAAGAAAAUGCUCGUAUUCGAGCUUAUAUGGAAGAGCGAAACCUCAGGAUGUCAGAGCAUUCCAACCAAAAACUGGCGCGUAUGGCAAACAUGGAGGCAUUGCAGGCAAAGCUGGCUAACGAGCUAAAUCUCCGAGAAAAUGAGCGCCAUGAGAUGGAGGAGGUACGCCAGACCCUGGCAGUGGCUGAAGAGGAGGCUAAAGCACGCAAUAAGGAAGCAGAGGCAUGGGAGCGCCGCUUGCGCCAACGCCUUGAGAUCCUCGACGAUCGUCAACGCUCCAUUGCUGAAAAAGCCAGGUUUAAAGAGGUUCGUCGGUAUUUUCAGCAGUCUUUUGCAUUUUUCUUGAUUGCCUUUAUUCCACUCUUAAAUGCAUCUAUACACACCUACAAAUACAUACUCACACAGAAACAUAAAUAUAUAUAUAUAUAUAUAUGUAUGUAUAUGCACAAUAAAACUGAUAAAAAUGAUUAG